AACCAGAGGAGUCCAUAUUCAGAAGCAAAAUGGAGAACAAUGGGCAGCAGGUCUGGUGUCGACAUGCUGUUCAAUAACUACAGAAGAGGAAUCCAAAACAGUAUUACUGAUAACAGCAGAGGUGCGGAUCACCAGGAGGCGAUGCAACACAACCUGAGGAUGUCUCGGGAGGGGGCUUGCAAGGUGCCACGAGCCAAGGUGGUUCGGGUGGCCGACCUCUACCCGAGUGCUAACAAGCAGUACUUGCCAGCUUGCACCCUCCUGCAUCAGUGCGGUGACGACGCCGGCUGUUGUAUCGGACGCAAGCGGUGCGGUGCCAAGACCACCAAACGGAUUGUGCUCUAUUUCAACACGGUGACAUUCUACCAUCAGGGCCGCACUAGGCGUCAGGAGAAUUCAGUAGAGAAACUGACAUUCUACAACCACACCGAAUGCGAGUGUCAGGACGCCGCCGGCGAAGAGAUGCCCAGAGACGCCACUUUUCAACGCCACACUCAUCUCAGGACUAACAUUGCUGAAAAAAUCUGCCGAUGUCCCAGUGAAUACACAGUGCGGCAUUUGGCCAACGGAUCGUGUACAUGCGACUGUUUUGACAAACAACGCGACUGCAUCAAAUACAAAAAGGGCAACGAGUAUUUCAGUCACAACGAUCGACU